GCCACUUCAUUCACUUCACCUAAUUCUCAAUCUCUCUCCCACCACAUCUCUCUCUCUCUCUCUCUCUUAUAAAACCACCAUUCAUUACAAAAACCAAAAUUAGAGAGACAAACAGGACAUUCCAGAUAGAGAAAGAUGCCUCUAGUUAGAGUAGCAGUCCGAAAUGAGUACGGAUUAGGAAUGGCGGAGCUGUACAAAGAGCAAGUAGACAAAGAAGAUCCAAAAGCACUGCUCGACGGCGUUGCUGUUGCUGGCCUGGUGGGCAUUCUGCGUCAAUUGGGCGAUCUUGCUGAAUUCGCAGCAGAGGUUUUUCAUGGCUUACAAGAACAAGUGAUGAAUACAUCUUCUAGAAGCCAUAAAUUGAUGGUUCGUGCACAAAAAAUUGAAGCGGCAGUUUCUCCUCUUGAAAAGACUUUAUUAGCGCAGAGAAGCCAUAUUCACUUCGCUUACACAACUGGUUCUCAAUGGCAUGCCCAUAUCCAAAGUGAACGAAAUCACUUUAUACAUAGUGACUUGCCGUUAUUUGUUAUGGACUCAUACGAGGAGUGCCGUGGUCCUCCACGCCUGCACUUGCUUGACAAAUUUGACACUGGUGGCCCAGGAUCUUGCCUAAAGAGAUAUUCAGAUCCAAAUUUUUUUAAGAGAGCAUCGGCUGGUUAUGAUGAUGCAUAUGCGGAAAAGUUGACAAGAGAUAAGAAGGCUCGUAGAAGAAAGAAAGGGAAACAGAAGAAGAGAACAUGGAUUCAGAAUGUAGACGGACCACCGCAUGUUAAUCAUCCCACAUCCAGUCACAGUGGCAGGAUGCAUUAUGCUUCUCAAAGCUUAGAAGAGACUUCUCCGUUUCAGACUUUCUCAACAUAUGAUGCUGCAUCAAAACUUGAAAUGGGAAACCAUUCAAAGUCUUUUGAUUCUAGAACUGUGUCGGGAUAUGAAGAAUGUGUUUUCAGCCCAAAGUUUGAUGGACAUGAAUUUGAGGAUAUAUCUUCUCCGUUGACGAUGAAUCAUAGUGAUCCCAUUGAUACAUCUUCUCCCUAUGAGCAAAGCAGAGCUGUAGCUGAUAGUAUACAAGAACCAACUGGCGCGAGGUCCUCUGGUGUCAGUUGGGAUGAAAAGGUAGAAAUAGUGGAGCCUACAGGACAGCAUUAUCGUUAUGAAGAAACCCCGGAUGUGCCUCCAAAUUUUGACCCAGAUUCUUUAGGAGAAGCUACUAAUUUCAAAUCUGAAUAUUGCAGCAAUGAUAGCACGCCUAAAUCAGUCCCUGGUAUAAAUCAACUUGAUGACAUUGACAGUGAGACAGACAAUUACAUGGACGCACUUAAUACCAUUGAGUCAGAACCUGAAACUGAUUUAGAGUGUCAAACAAAGCGAGAACUGGAGCAAUUUUCAGCUUUAAGCAUCAUGGCAGUGGAUGAGAGUAUAAAUGGGCUUAAGCCACAGCACAUGAACAGCGCAUCAUCAAAUGUUGAUUCUUCUUUUCCAUCUCAAUUUUCCACAAAUGUAGCUAGUUCAGAAGAUAACCACAAUUCAAUUCCCCUUGAAUCUGAUUGCUUCGUAAGCGAAAAAACAUCCAUUGUUAAUCCUAGUUCUUCAACCUCAGAAUGUUAUGUUAAGGUACAGUCUCCUUGUGACACCGGAAAAUCAUCAGUUCCAGACAGUUUGCCUUCUAGUGACCUGAUUGAGGGUGAUGAUAUCAAUUGCCCUAAUACAGAAACUGUUGUCAGAAAUUUAUCGUCCUCCGACUCAACCAAACCAGUUGUGCAGCCUUUGAAGGGUGAUAUGGUAUUAAGCAGUUCUAUAAAGUCAGAAAAGUCUCCUUCACUUCCUUCUGGUGUUGCUGGAAUAAAUUUCUGGACAAAUGGUGGUCUACUAGGACUCCAACCAUCAAAACCUCCAGAUUUCAGUGCCUUGGAUUCUGUUCAUGAUGACUCCGUGGUUCCUUCAACCCAGAGUAACAUUGUUGAUGGUGAGGCAAAUGCAUCAGAAACCAGCAUCUUCCAGAAUCUCAAAUUGUCUAAACAGGUUCGUAGCGCUAAACUCACGUCGUUCCAUAAUGAUCAAGAGGAUAGCAUCUCUAUCAUGAAAACAUCUUUGAGAUCUUCGCAACCUCAUUCAAAUAGUAUGCAUGAAUUUACAACCACUCUCCACAAUAGUUUUAGCUCUAGUCAAUCCAACAAUCUUCUUACCUCUGAAACCGGUACCAUGGUACUUGGAACUAAGAAACAGGAUUAUCUAGAUGUUGAAGCUGCUAAAUCUCUUGAAUCUUCAUCUCGGAUUUUUGAAGUUGGCAAUAAUAUAUUUUCAAAUGGUCAAGGUAAAGCAUCUUCUUUCAGUGAUGACAAUCGUCUCAGCUCUUCCACAACUGGUAUUUCUGAGCGACAGAGCAUGAAUCAAGCGUUUCAAAAUUUCUCCGGGAGGGCCUUCAUAGAGCAGUUUGGAAGUGGAUAUCCAUUUAUAUCGCCUUCAUCAUCACCACCACUUGAAAAUAUGAAAAUAUCAUUUCAGCCUAUAGAAGGAUUUGAGAUGUCCAAACUGAAAUUGAAGUUUCCUGAUGGAAGCGGGUGUCAUGAAAGUAGUAGAGAUAUGUUUCCUUCAUUUCAGUUAGUCCCAGAGGAAUCAAUUUCAUUGCAGGAUGUUGGUUCAGACUCUGAUGAUGACACUUUCUGUGAAUCUUCUCCUCAUGGAUCAGAGGAUUGUCUUGGUCGUUAUUCUGAGUCAGAUUCUGAGGAAUGGGAAACCAGAGAAUCUACUAGAUGCAACGAUGAUGCUAUAUAUGAUGCUUUUUGUGAGAACUCCACUGAAUCAGUUUCAAGCAACUUGGAUAUUGGGAAAAUAGAUGAUGGACUGGUCACUAACAUAAGCGGGCAAAAUUUAAGCAAUGAAACUGUUAUGGAACAUACACAAACAGAUCUGCCAAGUUUUGAGAUCCUGAAUAAUUCAUUUAGAAAGGAUUUACACGAUGAUUUUGAAAUGAUGUCUGAACUAGAUUCAGAAUUUUCCAAGGAUCCCACACCUCCACCUCCUCUCCCUCCAGUGGAGUGGCGGGGUAUGAAACCAAAUCCAGACAUGUCAAGUGAAAAACAAGUUCCUUCCUUUCAAGGCCCAACACAUGAGUAUUAUAAUAAACUUUCAACUUCGACAAUCUCCCAGCAACCGAAGCCAGCACCUUUUAAUCACGAAAAUUUUGAGGCAGGUGUAUGUACAACAAAUAGCAAGCAUCAAGAUGGCCAGAAACUCAAUGUACAGAAGGUUGCUAAUCAGUCCAUAAACAGCAAGGUGGUAGAUGAGAAGGAAGAUUUCCUUCAACAAAUUAGAACAAAGUCAUUCAGUCUUAGGCCCACGAUCACUGAACGGCCUAACCUUGCUGCAAAUGUACCUGCCAAGGUGUCAGUCACAGCAAUUCUGGAGAAGGCAAAUGCAAUUCGCCAGGCUGUUGCAAGCGACGAUGAUAGUUGGAGUGAGGACUAAGUAAUAUGAAUGUAAUUUGAAGAUGCAUGCUGGAUCUUGAAUUUUUUGGUGGUGCUGUGAUAUAUAUGUGAGGAAUCAUAGUUCUACCAUUUGUAAUUAUUUUGUAGGGUAUAUUUGUUGUAUCCACAAUAGGUUAUCUCGUCUAGUAUAAUUUUUUUAUUGUUGUAAAAUUUGGGUCAGAAAGUUAUCCUACUGCUAUGUAUCCCAAAUUAUACUAGUGCUAAAAGUAAUAAUUAGUACCCUUCUUCCCGGUAGCAA